AUGGAUGCACCUACAUCGGAAUCCAGUAACGACAAUGUCGUUCCAUACGGAGUUGAUUGGAGUGGUCGUGCUCGUCCUUCAUCUCACUGCUGGUUUCCUCUUACAUCCGAUGAUUCAUCGGCUGCUCCGUCAUGUGUCUAUGGUUCAUGUGCAAAGAGGAAGCAAACAGGUCAAUCAGCACUUCUACAAUGUGCAUCAUGUGAUUUGAUAAUGCAUGCACAUCAUUUGACUAGUUCAUCGACGGCAAAUAACGAUUCUAUUCAAUCCUGUCGUCCAUCAUUUGUCGAUAACACAGAACAAGGAAACUCGUUGAUGGAUAACAAAGAUAAUCUAUUGAAAUUCGAUGAACAUUUUUGGUCUCAUGUGUCAACACUUCUAAAACCAUGCAUGCAUUGUCAACCAACAUCUAUGGUAUCUCCCUUAGACAUUAUCGAUCAGAUGAAAUCGAUGAUCAGUUGUAUACCAGGAACUUUGAGUGAUGAUCUAUUGGACGCUUCACAUGGUCUCGUUUGCUUAUGGUGUUACCGAUGUUAUCAUCAUUCGUGUUGGGAACAACUUGCUCCUCAAGAUAAGCUUCAAUGUGACUAUGGUAUCUUUCAAAAUAUUAUUGUUCGGCCACAGUGGCUUAGUCGUUCAAGUGAAUCUCCAACUAGUUUCAAAGCACGAUCAUUUUCGUAUUCAACCAACAGUAAUGCCGAAUCAAACUCAUUUCCGUAUACGCCUGUUCUGGUUUUCAUAAAUAAACGAUCCGGUGGUCAAGUUGGCGAGAAAAUAUAUCGAGAACUCUUGCAAAGACUUAAUCCACGUCAAGUAUUUCUUCUAGAAAACAAUGCUACAAUUACUCAUGCUCUGGAUAUCUACUCUUCGCUACCGAAUAUGCGCAUUUGCGUGUUCGGCGGUGAUGGUACUGUUGGUUGGGUUCUUAGCCGUCUAGCUGAGGCCUACCCAUCUAGAAAUAAUCCUCCAGUAAGCAUUUGUCCGUUGGGAACAGGUAAUGAUCUUUCACGUGUCUUGGCUUGGGGUGAACAAUACGAUCCGAAACGUCUUUUUCAUACUCUUAUACAGACUUCACAAGCUCAAGUUGCUGUACUUGAUCGUUGGAAAGUUCAGCUUGAAGAAUUCGAUGCGGCAACAUUAGCUUCGAUGACACAGCAACAUCAUGAAAGUGGUUUCAAUAUCAGCCGAAUAUUUCAGACGUUACUCGAUCCUCCUAAAUUCAUUCGAGAAACCAAUCGAUCCUCAUAUGAAAACCAUCAGAAAUUGCCAAAUACACGCUUUAUUAACUACAUGAGCUUUGGCUUAGAUGCUGCUAUUGCACUCGAUUUUCAUGUUGAACGUACACGUGAUCCAUCAAAAUUUUCGUCACCAUUGAAAAAUAAAUUCAUGUAUGUGAAUGAAAGUUGCAAAUAUUUCGAUGAUUUUGCUCGGGCACAAAUGUGGAAUUUAGGUUCUUAUAUUCGUUUGAUAUGCGAUGAUCAAGAUAUUACUGAUGCGGUACGUAAUUGUCACACAUUGGUCAUACUCAAUAUUCCAGGCUAUGCAUCUGGUACAAAUCCAUGGGGCAAAUCAAUAAGAAGUUCAAUAAUGGAUCGUGUCAAUCAAUUAUCGACUCUUAAAUUAGAUGGAACUUUUAUCAACCAAAUAUCGAUGGGUUCACAUGAUAUAUUGAAUUGUGCAAGUGAUACCCAAGAAAACAAUGAAUUAGAAAGUUUGGACGAUAGUGAUAUGGAUCAAACGGAGACUUUAUCGACAACACAAACAGCUUCAAGUAGUCGUUUCCAACCACAAAAUUUUGGCGAUCGAAAAAUUGAAGUUGUCGGAUUGAGUACUACACAUAUGGCUGCAAUCCAUGCUGGUUUUCGUGGCAAUCGAAUCGCUCAAUGCAAUCGGUUGUGUAUCGAACUUCGUUGUCCAAUGACAGCACAAAUGGAUGGUGAACCAUUCUAUCUUCCAACGCCGGUAGCUGUCAAUAUUAGUCAUGCUGAUCAAGUACUUGUGUUAAAAAAUAAGAACAAAUAA